UGCAGCUGUACAGUCGCUUUCUCAGUGUUUUACUGAAUAGUUUAUAUUUUAGAAAUAUUUCAUUUAUGCAUGGAGAAGCUGAAGAGAGACAAUCACGAGGACGUGACGGUGGUCACCUAUACAACCCCCGACGAUUUUGAAGGCUACGACACAGACACAGAGGACGCCAAUGCAAAGAGUAACGAACAAAUUCAAUGCACAGAAGGAGACACGACAGAGAGAGGCUGCAUUUUUUUCACAGCAAAUGUCCUGUGUGUGGGGUGUAUUUUGUUUUUUGUUUUGCCGAUGAUUGUCAUCUCAUUGUAUGGGAUCCAAUUCAACAAAUUGACUGCAGAAAAAGACCAGUUACAGACCAGCUGCAACAUCCUGACUACAGAGAGAGACCAGUUACAGACCAGAAACAACAAAAUCCAGGAAAGGUUGGCUGCUUUUGAUGCAGAUGUUAAAUGGGGAUGGAGAUACUUCAGCUUCAGUCUUUACUACAUCUCUACUGAGGAGAAGAACUGGACUGAGAGCAGACAGGACUGCAGAGAGAAAGGAGCAGAUCUGGUGAUCAUAAAAACCACAGAGGAACAGGAGUUCAUUAUUAAAGAGCUGGGCAACUAUCGUCGGGCUUGGAUUGGUCUGAGUGACAGAGACAGAAAGGGAACGUGGAAAUGGGUGGACGGUAAAGAACUGACCAACGGCACUGGGUACUGGUAUGAUGCAGAACCGAAUAAUGCAGGUAAUAAUGAGACCUGUGUUGAGAUAUGGAAUGACCCAGAGACGAAGGGCUGGAAUAACACGUCCUGCUCUAAGGAACAAUGGUGGAUCUGUGAGAAAAGAGCUUUUUAAUGGUGGUGAAACUGCAGGGGGCAGAUGUUACAGAGUGACUGCAGUGUGUGUGCUGCUGCUGUGUGCUCUCCUGCUGACUGUCAUCACAGUGCUGUGGAUCAAAUUCAACAACCUGAGUACAGAAAACAACCAGUUACAGACCAGACACAACACCCUGACUAUAGAGAGAGACCAGUUACACAGACUUUUGCACCUGACUGUAGCAAACAUUAUUUUAUAAUCUAUAAUCUUGUGGUUUGUCUUGUAACUUUUGUCUGAGAUGCAAUGCGAUUAACUUCAGUAUCAGUCAUGUAUAUUUUAUCAUCAGUACACUGUGCAAGGCAUGCUAUUUCCUUCCUGCACUAAUACACCUGAGACAGCUCAUCAACCCAUUAACAAGGCCUUUAUGAAGUGAAAAUGGGGCUGCUAGAAUAAGAAACCAGACUGCACAACUGCACAACAUCUGCCCCCAUUCUGACAUCAACACAUAAAGAAUAAGAUACUAUUAUGGGACAAAAGUACAUGUUUAUUAGAGCUAGUAUUGAACCUAGAUUUUCAUCAGAAGUUCAAAUUGUCAUCAGAAACAUGGAAAAAAUGAUGGCUUGGAUGCCAUACAAGAUAUUUAACUUCCAAAUCUCUGCAUUUCACCUGAAGUCAUUACUGCCAUGAUUUGUUGCUUCAUUUAUUGAGCCAUUAAUACAAGAGAAAAGCUGAAUCUCAAAUCAAUCCCUACUUACAUUACUCACAGUGCACCAUCUUCCUGCUACCAUGGAGCCAUUUGGGAUUCAGUCAUGAAAGACAGGGUGCCAUGGUGGGGUUUUAUGCUUGAAUGGCAUUUACACUACAUUUAAAUGAACAGCAGGGGGCAGUAUGAAUUUGAGUAGACCACAGUCUCUGAGCUCCACAUCCCUCCAGACAGGUGUUGGAUGUGAAGAGCCCUUACAGGGUUAUGGUGCUCCUUACAUUGUGCUGUGCAGAAACCACGCCCAUUAUUUACAACAUGUUUAGUCAAAAUAAAUAAAUAAAUAA